AUGGAGCAGAACAAUAAUCUCUUUACUUCUCCAGACCAGACUGGUUUCGGUAGAUCAACUUCCAAUAUAGGGAAUUCUCAGUUUUCUGCAAACAAAGAAAACUCUCAAGGCAAUAUUAACAGUAACAUGAAUUCAAAUGAAUUUACAGGAAGAUCUUUAACUAAUGAACUAUUUUCUCAAAUGAGUGCUUCCCAACCAUUUCCUAAUGUAGGCUUUUCGAAUUCGGUAGCUUCAACACCAGAGAAUGUCGCAGAUAAUGACGAUACUACGAAUGUUGCGAUAGCCAAGAGAAGAGUGUCAAAAGCAUGCGAUCACUGCAGAAAAAGGAAGAUUAAGUGUGGACCAAUCAAUCCAGCUAAGAAUAAAUGUGAUAAUUGUAUUAAAUAUAGCUCUGCAUGCACCUUUACUCAUCAACCCUCAAACCAAAAGAGACAAGAUAAUGGUGGUGCCUCUCAGGGAACUGCAGCUUCUCAUAUCAAUGUAGCCCAACCAGAAUCUCUAGUCUCAAUUGCAGAAGCUCAAAAAGUGGGUAAACCUAGAAAAAAUGCUGCUGGUUCCCCAUCAAUGCAAAAUCUGCGAAAUUCACAAUACGACAAUAAUUUGAAAUCACAAAAGAUCGCCAAUACAUUGGCAGGUGGCCAAACAAAUAUGCUUACUACGUCUAUGGCCAAUUCACCCAAUCAUAAUAUUUCAAAUCAAGUUGUGUCGAGGGUAGAGAAGGUGGACCGCAAAAUCUCGAUGGUAAUUGAUAAUAUGGCUAGAUUUGAAUGGGUCCUAGGGAAGUUAGUCAAAAAGUACGACGAUAAAAAGGAUAAUGACAGCUACACUUUUAAGCCCUUACAGAAGGAAUAUUCGACGUCGUUAUUAAGUACCCAAAAGCUAGAAUGGACAAAGAAAAUACUGGCACCAGGUAUGCCCAACGCUGAAUUCUUAGCACCUGUCAGAGAAAUGUUAACCCUAUCGCUAAGAUGGUAUUUAAUACAAAACAAGAAAAUGGUAGAUUUCUCCACGCCUGCUGUAUUUGCUGGUGAAGUACAUCUGUAUUCGUUGCCAACUAAGGAACAGGCAAGAAGACUACUAGAAAAUUUCCAUUCUUCGCUAUUAUCAGCCAUAACAUGUACCAUCUCUCUCAAAGAGUGUCUAAAUCCAUGCGACAAAUAUUAUGAUCCAAAUAGUGAACAAUUAACAUACUCGGAAUUAUUUCUACUAAAUGUUUUACUGUGUUAUAGUGCUUCAGUAACACAACUUAGAACAUUUUCUGAUACACAGUUCGUUAGAAAAGACAAAUGUGACCCAAACAAACAUGAAUUGAAGACUAUUGAAAACAAUACCCUUUUAAACGCGAUGUAUUAUUAUCAUAAAUUAUCAAUGAAUGCUUCAGGCAUUCAGACACUGCAAGCUCUAUUGCUAUUACAUAAUUACUUAGCCUCCAAUUAUUCUGGUGAAAUUGCCAUUAAUGUUCUUUCCACAGCCAUCAGAUUUGCGAUUGAUAUGAACUUGAACAAAUCAUCCCAUUACAGGGGUCUGCCACUUUCUCAGAUAGCUAGAGAACGUUCGCUAUGGUGGGAGUGUUUUACUUGGGAUAAAACUUUUUCUUUGAUGCUGUCCAGGGCACCCUUGAUUAACGAGAGUAACAUGGAUAUACUUGAUGAUGAUGGAUAUUUCAAAUAUAUUGAGACAGUGAUACUGCCAAAAAUAUAUGCAAACAACAUGGAUGGAAGGAAGAAAAUCACUAAUCUAAAGCAGGCUUUGGCUGUAAUUACCAACACUAGCGAUAACAUUUUGUUCGUAAUAUCAUAUUAUAUUCUCAAACUUUCUCUUAUUGAGGCAAAAAUAUAUGAAGUAGGUUUCUCGGUAAGAAGCACAUCAGAAACAUUUGAUGCUAUUCUCGAGAAAGUUUUAGGAAUCCAAAAAGAGCUAAAUCAAUGGAAAGACUCAUUAUACGGGUUUAUGAAGCUAGAAAACUACAAACAAUAUUUGUCUAUGCUUUUUACUCAAAGUCACACAGAUAAUCCUGCUUUAAGUUUUGAAACAGCAUGUUUCCAUGUAGUUAAUGCUCAUUUUCGUUAUUUUUACUCGGUAAUCAUGUUAAGCGUAUUCACAACAUCGUUUUUGAUGGAUAAUAAGACUCUUUUUGCAGAAUCAUUUCAUGACAUACCAACAAUAUACAACACGUUUUCUACCCAGUACAAAACUGAAAGCAUAAAAAUGUUGACUGUAUUUCAAAGUACUAUUGAUAGGCCGUAUAUUAGCCCCGAUUUGCUGUAUAAUCUUUUAACCGCAGUUUUUGUCUUAAUAUUCCAUGUCAUCAACUGCUUGAAUGAUCCCCAACCAAAUGAUAUAAGGGCACUGAUCAAAUUGCUUAGGGAUACCCAUUUACAUUUGGUUGGUGAAAACCAGGAACGCUUUCCAUUAGAUAAUAUGAAAUUCAACACAUCAAUCUUUUUCUACACCUUUUUUCUGGAACACAUCACAAAAGUUGUGGAGGAUGCGGAUGCAUUCUCAGCUGAAUACGAACCUUAUACUUCACAACAAUAUGCUGCUUUGUUGGAUAAAAUUAUCGAGCAAUCUAGAAGAAUUAAAUCAGACGCUUUCGAUGGUUUGAUGAAAAAUCUAAAAACGUGCUUUAAUUUCAAGAGACUUUAUGGCAAUGUUGACAUAGAUGGUCUUCUUUCCAGCGAAAAUCUAAAUAUGCAAGAAGUAAGAAGGUCUUCUAUUUCCAUUUUUGACGAUUUGUCCCCACAUAUGUUGCAGUUUCUGAAGUCUGAUGAAUUAAUUGUAACUCCAGCAACCGAAAAUCACUGUUAUGGAAUCUCCUCUUCUUUGUUACCAGAAACUGAUUCUAAAGAAGAGAUUGUGUAUCCGGCGAACAUUAGAGCACUUCAUUCAAAUUCCAUAGACAUUCAAGUACCACAGAUCAAAAUUGCAUCCCCUCAAUUCUCUAACUUAUUACCAUUUGGAGAUCUUUAUUAUGACAGAGAAUUUUCCUUCAUGAAGAUUUUCAAGGACGAAGGUAAUUGA